AAGCCAGGUGACGUUCAGCCACCAGCUGAGCUUCCCAGUCACUGGAAGGAUCAGCUUCCACCUUUCCAGCAUGAGUGGAUUCGGCACACAUUAUUCAAGGCCAACCCACAAACUGGCAAGCUAGAAAAAGUGCCGCAGCUGAAACUGUGGUGGUAUCCUCCUCAGCCCCCCCUCGUUCACACCCAGCCUCCUGCCUCACCUGACCACUUCUUCUGUCGGCCCUUGUUCCUGUGGAUGUCUCAGAGGAUGUGGUAGUUUCCUCUGGUCUGUGUUCGUCCAGCCUGUGACAAACAGACUAACAGCAGCAGGACUGUACCGAACAGUACGCAAGGUCUUGGACAUUGACGGGUGGUAGGACCUUGCUACUGAGUACCUUAAGUGCAAACGCUGCUCAAAAAGUAUCCUGCUUGAUCUGAGGACAUCUUAGAACAGCUGGAUAUGGGCCACCACAGCCAGUUUCCAGCUUUGCUGACAUACAGAUACUCAUGUGACAUCCGGGUGCUUAGGAUGAUGAGGGAGACAACAAUGGGCAACAGCGUCACUCAGCGUCACAAAAAGGUGCUGGAGCAACACAGUGAAGCAUGGAUGCAGCGUGUCCUCCAGUACCUGACAGUUUGCGAACCAUUCACAAGGUCAUCUGUUGUGCUCCCUGUGUUUACUGAGCCUCCCCUCUUGCCUGCCCUACCUAAGCCCAAAUGGCUGUUAGCUGUGUAUGCCAGGGAUGUUCUGGGGCAUUUGCAUGAGGUUAAGGCCAAAAUAACAUCCACUUUUGGCUCUGUCCUCAAGAUGGACUCCACAAAAAAGGUCACCAAGAAACUUGCUGGUGCCGCUGCAGGUACAGCUGCUUGGUGCACUAAUGUGGGAAAUGAACACGGCCAAGUUCUUGUCUCGGUCCUGACAACCAGCGAGGGACAAGGACUGGAUGCGAUGGCAGCUGGCCUAAUGAAGUGCUACCGAGAGGCAGGGGAGGCACCACCAAAAGUCAUAUACAUGGACAGAGACUGCUGCAAUCAGCACGGCCCUUGUCAGGUGAAGGCCAUGUUUACAGAGUGGGAUGGGCUUCAGGUGCGCCUUGAUAUAUGGCAUUUCAUGCGGUGGUUUGCUGCAGGUGUAACAACAGAGGCUCACCCCCUGUAUGGCAUUUUCAUGGCACGCCUAUCCAGAAGCAUUUUUGAAUGGGAUCCAGAGGGUGUUGCGGCUCUACGUUGUGCCAAGGAGGGUGAGUUGGCAGCAAAGAGGAUUGGCCAUAUCUCAGAGGAGGCAGUCACCACUCGCAUUACCCGGAGGGAGUUGGUGCUGCACUGCAGGAGGAGGACCAGGGGCGUGGAGGAGACCACCAGACUGAUCAGAUCACUGAUCAGUCUGUUUGACAGUGAAAGUGGGAAGGAUGCAGUGUUCAUUCACUUCUUAUUCAGUCCCCCUCCAGCAGGGAAGCCAAGUGACGUUCAGCCACCAGCUGAGCUUCCCAGUCACUGGAAGGAUCAGCUUCCACCUUUCCAGCAUGAGUGGAUUCAGCACACAUUAUUCAAGGCCAACCCACAAACUGGCAAGCUAGAAAAAGUGCCUCAGCUGAAACUGUGGUGGUAUCCUCCUCAGCCCCCCCUCGUUCACACCCAGCCUCCUGCCUCACCUGACCACUUCUUCUGUCGGCCCUUGUUCCUGUGGAUGUCUCAGAGGAUGUGGUAG